AAAUUGAGCCCGCGAAACAUGUUUGGCUGCCGAGAAAAUAACGACGGAAAAUUACCCUCCCAACAUCUCCAACUCCAACCCCAGAAAAAUGCUCACUCUGCAACUCAAAACUGCCGCACAGAAAAACCCAACACCCGGUUUUCCAAUUCCGUGUCGGAGCCUCACCACCUCACCUUCACAUCCCUCUCAAGACUCUCACUUGGCGAAACUGAUUCUCAAAUCCGACCCGCAAACCCUAACCCAGAUUCUUCACAGCCCCGAAAUCGACUGGUCUUCGGAUUUGGUCGACAAAACCCUGAAGAGGCUCUGGAAUCAUGGACCCAAAGCCCUCCAAUUCUUCAAAAUCCUCGACCAUCAUCCGAACUACACGCAUUCUUGCUCCUCCUUCGACCACGCAGUCGACGUUGCCGGCCGCCUGCGCGACUACAAGUCCCUCUGGACCCUCGUGGCCCGAAUGCGGUCCCGUAGGCUCGGCCCCGGGCCGAGGACUUUCGCUAUCAUCACCGAGAGGUAUGUGGCUGCUGGUAAGCCUGAUAGAGCCGUUAAGGUGUUCCUGUCAAUGCAUGAACAUGGUUGUCCUCAGGAUUUGAAUUCGUUUAAUACAAUUCUUGAUGUGCUUUGUAAAGCUAAGCGUGUGGAAAAGGCGUAUAAUUUGUUUAAGGUGUUUAGGGGCAGGUUUAAGGCUGAUCGUGUUAGUUACAAUAUAAUUGCGAACGGGUGGUGUUUGAUUAAGCGAACCCCGAAAGCUUUGGAGCUUUUGGGGGAGAUGGUGGAGAGGGGGUUAGACCCGAGUUUAACGACGUUUAACAUAAUGCUUAAAGGGUAUUUCAGAGCUGGUCAGAUUAAGGAAGCUUGGGAGUUCUUUUUGCAGAUGAAGAAGAGGAAGUGUGAGAUUGAUGUUGUUACUUACACUACUUUGGUUCAUGGGUUUGGUGUUGUCGGGGAGAUUAAGAAAGCUCGAAAGGUUUUCGAUGAGAUGGUUGGGGAAGGCGUGCUUCCUUCGGUGGCAACGUACAAUGCUUUGAUUCAGGUUUUGUGUAAGAAAGAUAAUGUGGAAAAUGCUGUUGUGGUUUUUGAGGAAAUGGUGAGCAAAGGUUAUGUGCCUAAUGUGACGACUUAUAAUGUAUUGAUUAGAGGAUUGUGUCAUGCGGGAAACAUGGAUAGGGCGCUGGCGUUGUUGGACAGAAUGAAGGAUGAUGAGUGUGAGCCAAAUGUUCAGACAUAUAAUGUGGUGAUCCGGUACUUUUGUGACGCCGGAGAGAUUGAAAAGGCGUUGAAUGAGUUUGAGAAGAUGGGUCGUGGUGAUUGCUUGCCUAAUCUGGACACGUACAAUGUUUUGAUUAGUGCCAUGUUUGUGAGGAAGAAACCUGAAGACCUGUUAGUGGCAGGGAAGUUGUUGAUUGAGAUGGUUGAUAGAGGAUUUUUGCCGCGAAGGUUCACCUUCAAUCGCGUUCUGGAUGGGCUUUUGGUAACAGGUAAUCAAGGUUUUGCAAAAGAGAUUUUAAGAUUGCAGAGCAAAUGUGGCCGUCUUCCCCGUCAAGUAAAAUUGUGAGCCAUGUUGGAAUUCAGAUUGGCUCAUGAACCAUGCAGGUUUGAGACUCCAUUCCAAUCUUAACACCAGCUACUACUGCUCCAAGGGGGUUUCUGUUCCUGUUGAAGUUUCAACACGAUGUUCUCGUAUCGCCGGGUGUUGGAAGUCUACAGUUUGGAGGAUCAGAUCAGGUGGGCAUUUUGGUGAAAUAUGAUUGAAAGAGAGGCCUUCUGUAACAUCCACAUCGUUCAUGGGAGUGAUAUUUAAAUGUAUAUUUUCAUCUCUACCUAGCAUGAGGUUUUUUGGAAGCUCACUGGCUUCGGGUUCGGUAGGAAUUCCGAAAUUAAGCGAGAAGAAUGCUAGAGCACUCCCAGAUGGGUGACCCACUGUGAAGUUACUCGUGAGUUCCCAAAAACAAAACCGUGAGGAAAGGUAACUUCCCAAAAACAAAACCGUGAAGGAAUGGUAAGCUCAAAACGGAUAAUAUCGUGCUACGGUGAUGGAACGGGUCCGGAUGUGAUGGACCCGGGCCGGGAUGUGACACUUUCACUGCAUUUGCAAGCAGUAAAAAAACAGGACUGGCCCAAGAACGACCCUCUCAGCAUUUUAGUUGGAAAUGAAAUAUCACGGAAAGAAAAACGAUAAAUAAACUUGAGCACAUAUCUUUUGUUUUCAAAUUCAUACUUUCAUAUAACUAGUGUUUAAAAAAUCGAUAUAGGUGGGAAUAUAGAUAUGCAGUUUUAUGAAAAUAUUGAUAUAGAUUGUCUUAUUUACAAUGGCUUGGAUAUAUCAUUUCAUUCAGAUUUAAUCGAAAUUAGAUAAAAAAUUCAAAA